AAUUUUUUUUUCAUUUCAUAUUUGGUCAUAUAGUUGCUGCUACAUUCUUUGUGUGAGUACAAUUUUCCUUUUUCGACAAUUCAAUGAUUCUAGAGAUGAAACAUUUUCUCAAUAAAAAAGAAUCGAUUCAAAUUUUAUCCAAAAUAAUGUCAUUCGUGAUGAUGUUUCAAAUAAUUUUCCUCCAUUGUCAUAGAAGAGUUAUCUUGGAUUCUUUCGAAAUUCUUCUUCCAUUCUAUUUUCGUUCUUUCCUUCCUUUUGCAUAUUGAAUUCUUUUUUUCUUUUUAUCAAACCAUAGACCAGGCAAGAUAGAAAACUAUUGAUGAAAUUUGCAUUUUUUUCACUCCACAAACAUCGUUCUGCAUUUAAUGAAUAAUUCAUAUAUAUAUAACCAAUGCCUAAUGGCAAGACAUUCACAUUCACAUUCCUCAUUAAUGCAAAAACAGAAAUUUUAAAAUUUUUUCGAAAUUUUCACAAUCGGACAUGGCAACAUCUGGUGUGAUUGGUAGAAACUUCUAAGUUUAAACAUUUUUCAAAUAAUAAAAAUCAGUUAGAUUCGAUUUAGAUGAUGAAAUGGCUUUUCUGUUUAAUUUUUUAAUGGAAGAAACGAUGCUAAAAAUAACGAUAACUAAAUUUCACAGGCUGGCCAUUUAUAAAACCAGUUUCGUUUUACCUGAGGAACGCUUGGUUGUAUAUGUGUGUGUGUGUGUGUGUGUGUGUGGGUAUGUGACCUCAAAACCCGAAAUCAGUGUUACGUUGUCCAGUACACAGGCCAUUCUCAUAUCAGGUGAUUAUAUUUCUGUGUGUAUGUGUGUGAUAUAUAAAUAUAUUAUGUAACGUAAAAAAUGUCGAUUCUUGAUGAAUCAUCACUGGAAACAUUCGAAGAACGUGGAUCACGAUUACUUGUUAGCCACGCGAAAACUGAUCAUGACCAGAAUCAUUUACCAGUAUGGUUUAAUCUGGAAAAAUUUUGUCGUAUCAAACCACUUGUGAAUCAAUAUUUUUUCAGUAUAUUUUUCACCCAUCUUUCCGGAUUAUUAAUAUUGAUUUUUGUUCGUUCCAUUUAUCAAACAUUAUCAUUGACGGGUAAAUCGAAGAAUCUAUCGGCCACAUUUUAUCGUUAUUUGCAUACAUGUUUACAUGUUAAAAAAUGGUAUGAAGGAAAGAUUUGGAUCAAAAAUGAUGAUGCAUAUGAAUCAUUACAAAUGGUUAAAACCAUGCAUCAAACAGUUUCGAAUAUUCAAAAUAAAGGUAAAAAUGAUGGUGAAAACGAAAUGGCCAUUUCGAUACGUGAUAUGACAUUGACACAGUUUGCAUUUGCCGGAUUAUUUGUUCUUUACCCACACAAAUAUGGCUUCAGUACGAAAAAAGAAGAUAUUGAAACGAUGAUUUAUUUCUGGUCCGUUAUCGGUUAUAUGCUUGGUAUCGAUGAUGACUAUAAUCUUUUUAUCGGUGAUUAUGAAACGAUUCGACAGAGAUGUCACAGGAUUUUGGAUCAAUAUUUUCGUCCAUCAUUGUUGGCCUACGAACGAGACAGUGUUCAGAUGGCAGAUCAAAUAAUUCAAUCAACAAAUCAAUUCAUACCUGGAUUACGAUAUAAAUCAUACAUGAAAUUCAUAUGGAAAUCAUUAGCAAUGGACAAGGAAUGGCCAUCCAAACCUUUGAAUCGUGAACAACAAUUCUGGUAUUUUGCAAAAAAGAUGAUCAUUGAAAAGUUCUAUUAUUUCUGGGCUGUUAGAUUCGCUCUAAAUCAAUUAUUACGUUUCACAUUGUUCACUAUGCAAUUUAGUUUUCUACAACGAUUGAAAACAAAUCAAUUGGCUCAUAUCGAUCAACAAAUUCAAUGA